CUCCGCCUGCCGAAACACACACAACCAUUCCAUCACACUCCGGGAGUUCCUUCUCGCAACGUCGCACCCACGCCAUCCAGUCCAGCUCGUGAAAUGGAGGAGGAGUCACAAUGGAGCGGCAUCGAGAACGGCAUCGAUGAUCCCGAGGAGCUCCAGGUCAUCUACCGCACGUUGGAUUCUUAUCAGCAAUACGCCAAAGUCGCCCAUUUCCAAUGUACGCACGUUCGCAGGCAGGCGUUCUACGCCCUGCCCCAGGCCCACUGGCAGAGGCUUGCGGCUCCUCCGUUCAACUACCUGGAGACGUUGGACAAGGUAGACGAUGCCAUCGAGUCCAACGCUGAUCUUGCACGCAUCAUCUUCAAGACCGGCCUCGAGAUGUUCCACGUUGGCGUUCCCUCCGAGAGCGGCGGCGAACUGAAGCUGCCCGCGCAAUGGAACGGCUCGGCCAAGCCCCACGACAUGGACAAGGCCCGCAGCACCAUCCGCCAGUUCUACCGCGACUGGUCUGCCGAGGGCGCCAGCGAGAGGGAAGCCUGCUUCGGGCCCGUCAUGCGCGCCAUCGCCGCCGAGCAGAAAGCCAGAGGGCCGGACCACCCUCCGCUCAAGGUCCUCGUCCCCGGAGCGGGCCUCGGCCGGCUCGUCUUUGAGCUGUGCCUGAACGGCUACGAGACCGAGGGGAACGAGAUCUCGUACCACCAGCUUCUCGCGUCGUCGUACAUCCUCAACUGCUGUCCGCGUGCUGGACAGCACACCGUCUACCCGUGGAUCCACACCUUCUCGAAUCACCAGAGCCGAGCCAACCACCUACGCGGCUACGCCGUCCCGGAUGUCCACUGCGCGACCGAGCUCGCACAGGCGGAGCAGAAGAGGCCGGUCGGCUCGAUGAGCAUGAGCGCCGCCGACUUCCUGUGUCUCUACGCGCAGGAGGACAGAGCGGCAACCUACGACGUGGUCGCCGCCGUCUUCUUCCUCGACACCGCGCCCAAUCUCAUCCGAUACCUCGAGACCAUUCUCCACUGCCUAAAGCCCGGCGGCAUCCUGGUCAACAUCGGGCCUCUGCUGUGGCACUUCGAGGGCCGCGUGUGGGACCGGGACGAGCACGACCACGAGCAUGAGGACGGCGAGGGCGGCGCCGGUCACGACACGUCGGGGAUAGCGGAUCCGGGCAACUUCGAGCUGACCGAUGACGAGGUGAUGGCGCUGGUGGCCGACGUCGGGUUCGAGAUCGUGUCGCGGGAGACAGGCGUGGAGGCGCCGUACAUCCUCGACACGCAGUCGAUGCUGCAGACGACGUACAAGGCAAGCACGUGGGUAGCCCGCAAGCCAGCGGCCACGGCUGCGGGUUAGAGAUAUGAGCCUUGAUUCCGCAUAGGAAAACUGGAACCUCGUCCAGAAUAAUGAUCUAGAUGUA